UAGUCUCGACGGUCAUAUUCUUCUGUGACAAUCUGUUAUGGUCAAUCUUCAUACUCGGGUUGCUUCACGACUCAAUAGUAUACUCUCAACUUUCCGAUCUCGACAGAACCAUAGCGAAAUGACUCGAAUCUUCUUGACUGGAGCAUCGGGCUAUGUAGGCGGCGAUGUCCUGCAUACGCUUCAGAAAACUCAUCCUGAAUAUGCCAUCACAAUCCUUGUUCGAGAUAGCCAUAAGGGAGAAAAGAUAUCGCAGGCCUAUCCCAAUGUGAAAGUCAUUUUGGGAGACCUUGACUCUGCAUCCCUCCUCGAGGAAGAGGUGGGCAAGGCAGACAUUGUCGUCCAUGCUGCCAGUGCCCAGCAUAUUAAAAGUGUAGAAACCAUAGGACGCGCGCUGGAGAAGAGAAACAGCAGCAAACCCGCGUACUGGAUCCAGAUAUCGGGCGCUUCUCUGCUUUCGGCCCUGGACAUCGAGACCGGUUCAUAUGGAAAGCCAUCAGAGACGAAAUACAGCGAUCUCGAUGACAUCCAAGGAAUCAAGGAACUCAUUCAUCGCUACUCUGCCAAGCGUCUUGUCGAUAAAUUCAUUCUGGACUUUGUCAACUCGAAGUCUGAACACAAGGUAGCCGCCGUAUACCCUCCCAUCAUCUAUGGCAGCGGCAGAGGCCCGGUCAAUCAACGAAGCGUGCAGAUCCCAGAGCUCGCACGGUUGACGUUACAGAGCAAAACUGGGGUCCAGAUUGGACAAGGACUCAGCACCUGGAGUAACGUUCAUAUCUCCGAUAUCAGCCAGAUCUUCCUUCGCUUAGUGGAGAAUGCUGCCAACGGUACGGAUGGUCCUUUCUGGAACGAGAAUGGGAUAUACUUUGCGGAAAAUGGAGCAAUUAACUUCGCGCAUAUUUCCAAGCUAGUUACGCAAGAGGCACACAAGCUGGGAUUGGUCGAAUCAGCAACCGCCGUGAAGCAAAUCAGUCAUGAGGAGGCCGACUCUCUGUCUGGGCACGCCAGUGUUGUUCUAGGCACUAAUGCGCAAGAAAAAGCCCAGCGAGCCCGCAGGUACUUAGGAUGGAAUCCUACGGGCAUUUCACUGGAAGAAGAGAUACCUAACACAGUGCAUGCGGAGGCGUCCAGAUUGGGCUUGUUGUGAAGACGCUGGAGACGGCCUUUAAGGAAAUGGACAUAGCUGGUACAUAGUCCAAUAGUCGAGAAUAUAUAAAAAUAGAUAUAAU